GGACCUCUUUGAUGAAGCUCCCUUGCACGAUUCGAUCAAUAACAAGCUCUCAUUUUCGCAAUAGCUUUAGAAAUGUGAGCUCUGUGAUCGAUUCUGCACAAGAAGAAUGUAGAAUCGCUGAAGAUAAGCAAUUCGUCGAUGCUGUCAAAAGAAUCGUGCGAGGGAAACGGAGCUGGGAGAUCGCAUUGAGCAGUGAGCUAGUCUCGAGAAGAUUGAAGACUGUUCAUGUUGAAGAGAUUCUGAUUGGAACCAUUGAUGAUCCCAAAUUGGGUUUGAGGUUUUUCAAUUUCCUCGGUUUGCAUCGAGGAUUCGACCAUUCCACGGCGUCGUUUUGUAUUUUGAUCCAUGCUCUGGUCAAAGCUAAUCUCUUCUGGCCUGCUUCAUCACUGUUGCAGACGCUUCUGCUUCGUGCGCUGAAGCCAAGUGACGUUUUUAAUGUGCUUUUUAGUUGUUAUGAAAAAUGUAAGCUUAGUUCAAGCUCGAGUUUUGAUUUGUUGAUUCAGCAUUAUGUACGAAGUAGGAGAGUUCUAGAUGGAGUUUUGGUGUUUAAGAUGAUGAUAACGAAAGUUAGUUUACUGCCUGAAGUGAGAACUUUGAGUGCUCUUUUACAUGGGUUGGUUAAGUUUAGGCAUUUUGGUUUGGCAAUGGAGUUGUUCAACGAUAUGGUCAGCGUGGGGAUUCGUCCUGAUGUUUACAUUUACACAGGAGUUAUACGUAGCUUGUGUGAGUUGAAAGAUCUCUCUCGAGCUAAAGAAAUGAUUGCUCAUAUGGAGGCAACAGGAUGUGAUGUGAAUAUAGUUCCAUAUAAUGUGUUGAUAGAUGGGCUUUGUAAGAAGCAGAAGGUUUGGGAGGCUGUUGGGAUAAAGAAGGAUUUAGCUGGAAAAGAUCUGAAACCAGAUGUUGUGACAUAUUGUACAUUAGUCUACGGGUUAUGUAAAGUGCAAGAAUUUGAGAUCGGAUUGGAGAUGAUGGAUGAGAUGUUAUGUUUGAGGUUCAGUCCUAGUGAAGCUGCGGUUUCAAGUUUGGUAGAGGGGUUAAGGAAGAGGGGAAAGAUUGAAGAGGCGCUUAACUUGGUUAAAAGAGUAGUAGAUUUUGGUGUCUCACCUAAUUUAUUUGUGUAUAACGCAUUGAUUGACUCAUUGUGCAAAGGUAGAAAGUUCCACGAAGCUGAGUUGCUUUUUGAUAGGAUGGGGAAAAUUGGGUUGCGUCCUAAUGAUGUGACCUAUUCAAUUUUGAUUGAUAUGUUUUGCAGAAGAGGGAAACUGGAUACGGCACUUAGUUUCCUGGGGGAAAUGGUUGAUACGGGUUUGAAACUAAGUGUGUAUCCAUACAAUUCUUUGAUUAACGGGCACUGCAAGUUCGGUGACAUUAGUGCAGCAGAGGGUUUCAUGGCAGAGAUGAUUAAUAAAAAGUUGGAGCCAACAGUGGUAACAUACACAUCAUUAAUGGGUGGAUAUUGCAGCAAAGGGAAAAUAAACAAGGCCCUUAGGCUCUAUCAUGAGAUGACAGGGAAGGGUAUUGCGCCGAGUAUCUAUACAUUCACCACGCUUUUAUCGGGUCUAUUCCGUGCUGGGUUGAUUCGUGAUGCAGUAAAGCUGUUUAACGAGAUGGCAGAAUGGAAUGUUAAGCCAAACAGAGUGACUUAUAAUGUCAUGAUUGAAGGUUAUUGCGAGGAAGGAGACAUGUCUAAAGCCUUUGAGUUCCUGAAAGAAAUGACCGAGAAAGGUAUUGUGCCUGAUACAUACAGUUAUAGACCGUUGAUACACGGGCUAUGUCUCACAGGUCAAGCUUCGGAAGCCAAAGUGUUCGUGGAUGGCCUUCACAAGGGAAAUUGUGAGCUGAAUGAGAUAUGUUAUACCGGACUCUUACACGGAUUUUGCAGAGAAGGAAAAUUAGAAGAGGCGUUAAGCGUUUGUCAGGAGAUGGUACAAAGAGGGGUGGAUUUGGACCUUGUGUGCUAUGGUGUUCUUAUAGAUGGAAGUUUAAAGCACAAAGAUCGAAAGUUGUUUUUUGGACUUUUAAAGGAGAUGCAUGAUAGAGGACUAAAGCCUGAUGAUGUGAUUUAUACAAGUAUGAUUGAUGCAAAGAGCAAAACCGGAGAUUUCAAGGAAGCAUUUGGAAUAUGGGAUUUGAUGAUAAACGAAGGGUGUGUACCUAAUGAAGUCACGUACACUGCUGUUAUCAACGGAUUAUGCAAAGCCGGGUUUGUUAAUGAAGCCGAGGUUCUUUGUUCAAAAAUGCAGCCUGUCAGUUCGGUUCCUAACCAAGUAACGUAUGGUUGUUUUCUCGACAUUCUCACCAAAGGAGAAGUAGACAUGCAGAAAGCUGUGGAGCUCCAUAAUGCAAUCUUGAAAGGGCUUUUAGCAAACACCGCUACAUAUAAUAUGUUGAUCCGCGGUUUUUGUAGACAAGGGAGAAUAGAAGAAGCUUCUGAGCUCAUCACAAGGAUGAUAGGCGAUGGAGUUUCCCCUGAUUGUAUAACCUACACAACAAUGAUCAAUGAGCUUUGUAGGAGAAACGAUGUGAAGAAAGCGAUUGAGUUAUGGAACUCGAUGACGGAAAAGGGUAUAAGGCCAGAUAGAGUAGCGUAUAACACCCUAAUACACGGUUGUUGUGUGGCGGGAGAAAUGGGGAAGGCGACCGAGUUGAGGAAUGAGAUGUUGAGACAAGGCUUGAUACCUAACAACAAAACCAGUAGAACAACUACUUCGAAUGACACUAGUUCUAAAUCCUAACCCCUUUGGUAAUUGUAUAAGUUGAAACAUUCUUUGACAUCUCAACCAUUUAUAGAUAAGAAAUAAUUUU